UAUAAACGCGGGAAAAUUGAACUCACCGUGAAAGAUUUCCCAGUUGAGUACAACUCGGUAAGCUGUGAGAAGAACGGUGCAAUGGAAUUCCCAGCGUUCCCCUACAAACCCUACUCGAUACAGCUGGAUUUCAUGAAAUUCCUUUACGAAUCGCUCAACAGAGGCGGCCUCUCGAUGCUGGAAAGCCCCACCGGGACUGGAAAAACCCUUAGCAUGAUAUGCAGUGCUCUGCAGUGGCAUGUCGAUCGGAAGAAAUUGGAGACCGCGGAGAAUAAUGGGAAGGAGAAGUUGGGCGAGGGUAAGGAUGAAGAUGAUGAUGAGCCGGAUUGGCUUAGAAAUUUUGUGCCAAAUAAAGAAGCUGAUGUAGUCAAGAGUAAACCUAUAAUGCAUAAGAGGAAAAAGGGAGAAAAUGUUAGAGAUUUAUCUAGCUAUAGUAGUGGAGAAGGUGAAAAGGGUAGGGGGAAGGAGGAGAGAAGCGCAAAGGGGAAAGAUGGGAUCGGUGAGGUGGAUGAUGUGGAGUUUUUGUUGGAAGAGUAUGACAGUGAAUCGGAAGUAGGUGGGAAAUCGAAAAGGAAGAAUGUUGGAGGGGAUGGUGUGCUGUCGAGUGAGGAAGAGGACGAGGUGGAUGAGCUGGUUGGGAAGGAAGAGGAGUCGCGACUGAAGAUCUAUUUUUGCAGUCGGACGCAUUCACAGCUUUCGCAGUUUAUGAAAGAGCUGAGGAAGACUAAAUUUGCUAGUGAGUUGAAGGUUGUGUGCUUGGGUUCUAGGAAGAAUCUCUGUAUCAAUGAAGAGGUAUUGAAGCUGGGGGGUUCCAAUCGCAUAAAUGAGAAAUGCUCGAUGCUCCAAAAGAAUAAGAAAAAUGAAGCUUCUAAAAUGAAGAAGGUGGGUUCUGGAAAAAGGAUUCGUGGCAACAAAUCUUCUUCUGGAUGUCCAAUGUUAAGAAGGAAGAAGAUAGAAGAGUUCGCAAAUGAAGUUAUUCAAAUGGAGGCUCUGGACAUUGAAGAUCUUGUUCAUAUUGGACGCGAUAUAGGAGGUUGCCCAUACUAUGGUUCGAGAAAAAUGUUACCUGCAGCUGACCUUGUGGUUCUUCCAUAUCAGUCUCUUCUUUCAAAAUCAUCGCGUGAAUCCUUGGGCUUAAAUCUGAAAGACAGCGUUAUUAUCAUAGACGAAGCUCAUAAUCUAGCAGACACUCUCAUCAGUAUGUAUGAUGCAAGAAUCUCAUGGUCCCAGUUGAAACAAUUGCAGUCUCACUUAGAUGGAUAUUUCCAAAGAUUUUGUAAUGUUCUAGGACCAGGAAACCGAAGAUAUAUCCAGACUUUGAUGAUCAUCACUCGGGCCUUUCUAAGAAUGUUGUCUUGUGAUGAGAAGCAUGUAAACAGCACUGACCAUCCAGUUCCAUGCGAUACAAUGACCAUCAAUGAAUUCUUAUUUGCUCUGAAUAUUGACAACAUAAACCUGGUCAAACUGCUACAAUACGUGAAGGAAAGCAACAUAAUUUACAAGGUCUGUGGAUAUGGAGAUAAACUUGCCUUAUCUCAAAAUAUCGGUCCUGGUGGAAAUGCUGAAAUUAAUGAGGAAAGUGCAAUCUCUGGUUUCAGAGCAUUAGCAGAUAUGCUUUCCUCUUUGAUCAAUAAUAACAGUGAUGGGAAAAUGAUAGUCUCGAGACCAAUGAAGACAUGUAACGGCCUGGAAGGAGGGUAUGUAAAGUAUGUUAUGCUGACUGGAGAGAAAAUAUUUUCUGAGGUGCUGGAUCAAGCCCAUGCUGUCGUCUUGGCUGGCGGAACCUUACAACCUAUAGAGGAAACCAAGGAAAGACUUUUCCGGUCGCUACAUUUAAAAGAGUUACCCUUCUUUUCAUGUGGACACAUAGUUCCUUCUAAAAACAUUUUGCCAGUUGCUGUUAAGCUCGGGCCUUCUGGUCAGUCCUUUGAUUUUAGCUACAAAGCUAGGAGUUCACCAACCAUGAUUGGGGAACUAGGUCUUCUGCUGUCUAAUCUAGUGACAGUUGUUCCAGAUGGCGUAGUUGUAUUCUUCUCAUCAUUCGAAUACGAGAGCCAGGUCUAUGAUGCAUGGAAGGAAUCAGGAAUCGUUUCAAGGAUCAUGAAGAAGAAGCGCAUUUUCAGAGAGCCAAGAAAGAGUACAGAUGUUGAAGCUGUAUUGAGGGAAUACAAAGAGACAAUUGACACGUUGUCCAUCACAGGUUCCACGUCUUGCAAUGGUGCUAUCCUCUUUGCCAUUGUCGGAGGCAAGAUAUCCGAAGGCAUCAAUUUUAGUGAUGGGGCUGGUCGGUGCAUAGUAAUGGUUGGACUGCCCUAUCCUAGCCCAUCAGAUGUUGAGUUAAUGGAGAGGGUGAAGCAUAUUGAGGGUCUUGGCAAGACGAUCCCAAGCGAAACUGCGUGUGGUGGUAGGGAUGCCGAGUCUGGGCUUCAAAUCCUUAAAAGGUGUAAAGGGAGAGGAAAAGAGUACUAUGAAAAUCUUUGCAUGAAAGCAGUGAAUCAAUCCAUUGGCAGAGCAAUUCGGCAUGUGAACGAUUAUGCAGCAAUAUUGUUGGUGGAUGCACGUUAUGCUUCUGAUCCUACUAAAAGAAGCACUCCACACACAACAGACAAGCUGCCACAGUGGAUCAAAAGUCAUCUGGUUCCUACAACCAAUAAUUAUGGUGAAGUUCACAGAUUGUUGCAUCAGUUUUUCAAAUCUCACAAGAAUAAGGAAGCCACAAGUAAAUAAUUGAACAUCAGAAAUUGAUAUUCUACUCAAAGGAUUGCUGAAAUACAUUUUGUAUACAUCUGUUCUGUUACACAUGUAUUUAUCUUGUCAUGAUGUCCCAACUUCAUUUCUUGGCCA